UGGUUCUGUGAAGCCGAUACGGAUUGCUGUCAUUUCUACAAAAAUGUCUUUGUAGUUAUCAGGGUGUAGGUCAUUUAAUUUUGUAGUCAUAAUAAGUAAAUCGUGUUAUUUUUUGUAUAAAAGUAUCAAUAGCAGACGGAAGCGGAUUCAGAUCACCCAAAUCGAGGGUGUGUAUGUAGUGAAUAGUGAUGUUCAUCAAUGUACUAAAAUUGCACCUAUCCAAAAUUGUAGAGAUGCGACUGGCGUCGUCGUGGAGAUAAUAACAGUGCGGUGCGAGAGGAUGUGGGCGCAGUGAGCGGACACGGCGACACCACGGCUUCCUCUGCGGCGGGCGGCGCGCGGGGAGCCGAGUCUCCUUCGCAACCCAACCAGGACACGGUGGACAACGCAACCCCGACCUGCUGGUGGGCUGCGUGGUCGGCCAUGGGGUGCUUCGGCUCCCCCGGCGCCAAGAGCGGUGAAGACGAUGCCAAGUCGCAGAAGCGGCGGAGCGACGCCAUCACCCGCCAGCUCCAGAAGGACAAACAGGUGUACCGCGCCACGCACCGGCUGCUGCUGCUAGGCGCGGGCGAGUCGGGCAAGUCCACCAUCGUGAAGCAGAUGCGCAUCCUGCACGUCAACGGCUUCUCCGACAAGGAGCGCCGCGAGAAGAUCGAGGACAUCAAGAAGAACAUCCGCGACGCGAUCCUGACGAUAACGGGCGCCAUGAGUACGCUGACGCCGCCCAUCCCGCUGGAGAAGGCCGAGAACAAGGCGCGCGUCGACUACAUACAGGACGUGGCGUCGCAGCCGGACUUCGACUACCCGGCGGAGUUCUACGAGCACACGGAGGAGCUGUGGCGCGACGGCGGCGUGCAGCGCACCUACGAGCGCAGCAACGAGUACCAGCUCAUCGACUGCGCCAAGUACUUCCUGGACCAGGUGCACGUCAUCAAGCGGCCGGACUACACGCCCACGGAGCAGGACAUCCUCCGCUGUCGAGUCCUCACCUCCGGCAUCUUCGAGACGCAGUUCGUCGUCGACAAAGUCAAUUUCCACAUGUUCGACGUGGGCGGGCAGCGCGACGAGCGGCGCAAGUGGAUCCAGUGCUUCAACGACGUGACCGCCAUCAUCUUCGUGACGGCCUGCUCCUCGUACAACAUGGUGCUGCGCGAGGACCCCACGCAGAACCGCCUGCGCGAGUCCCUCGACUUGUUCAAGAGCAUAUGGAACAACCGAUGGCUGCGGACCAUCUCUGUCAUCCUGUUCCUGAACAAGCAGGACCUGCUGGCCGAGAAGGUGGUGGCCGGCAAGUCGCGCCUGGAGGAGUACUUCAGCGAGUUCGCGCGCUACCAGACGCCGCCCGACGCUGCGCUAGACCCGCGCGACCACCCCGACGUCGCGCGCGCCAAGUACUUCAUCCGCGACGAGUUCCUGCGCAUCAGCACGGCGAGCGGCGACGGCAAGCACUACUGCUACCCGCACUUCACGUGCGCCGUCGACACCGAGAACAUCAAGCGCGUGUUCAACGACUGCCGCGACAUCAUCCAGCGCAUGCACCUGCGCCAGUACGAGCUGCUCUAACCGCCCCCCGCCCCACCCCCGCGCGCCCCCCGCGCCGCCCCCGGAUGACCUCCUCGUAUUUUGUAUAAAAUAUUGCCUCCGGUCUCUGUGCCUAGUGAUUAUUUUGAAAACUGAAUUUUCGAAUGUACGAUGAGUACGUCCGCGACCGUGAAGCUCGGUCACUCGGAGCGAACGUGCGAUCGAGCAGCGGACGUGUGCGCGCGCCGGGGGUCGAGACUAUCCCAGGUCGAGCGAUCGGUCGUCUUAUUGAACUAUAUCCGGGCGGACGACAUACAGUGUGACGCAUCGCGACCCUCAAGCGGAGCGCCGGAGCCGCCGGGCCCGGCUCGCUCCUCGGCCGAUCGCUACCGCAAUAUACUGAGCCCGAUCUAUACCGAUAUGUGAGUAUUUGUAAGUUAGUGUCGCGUAGCUGCGACGCGCCGCCGCCGCGCGGCAACCGAGGCUAGGUCCCCGCCCGCCGACGCGCUCCUCCGCGUCGGGGGCGCAACAUCGCAACGUUCGCCGAUCUCGGCUACGAUUAUUCGAGUGAUGAGGUCCCAUCGACGUCGUAGUUUUAGCACAAACGCAAGAAUACCGCUCUCGAAAUAUAUAUAUAUACAUAUAUACAUACAUUCUUUUGUAAAUAGAGUCGAGAGACCGAAGCACGCGCGACGGCGGAGGCCGUCGUGUUGUACAUUGAUCGUUUUCGACGCGUCGGUCACCGGUCGCGCGUCGCGGGCGCCGGUGAGCGACGUCGGAGCGACUCGUACGAGUCGGUCUUUUCUGUCUGUAUAUUUUUGAUUGCUAUAUUUUCCUCGAACGAGUUUUAUACGCAUAAUUAACUAUUUUUAAUUACUUUCGUUUCGUUCUCGUUAUCGUUAGGUUACGUUAUAGUAUAUAAUAAUAUUAUACUUUAGUUUAGUGAACGUCUUCCAUGUGCUUAGGUUUUGCUCGGCCGGCGACGCGGUCGCGGGCGCUCGUCCGGCCGGCCCGGCCGAGCCCGCGACGGACACGCGACCGAGCCCCAGUUCAGACACGCCGGAUAUCGCGCGGUUUUUUUUUCUUAGAGUUCUAUCAACGCUCACGCUACAGCGCGCGGACCGUGUAUUCGCGCAGCAGCUAAACUUUACCGCAAGGAAAUAACGCAACAAAAGGUUUUACCCCAGUCACGUCAUCCAGUGUCGCCGACGCCAGAAACGUAAAAACAACAGUAGGUAUUUAAUGAAAGUGCCACAUCGUAUACUAACUCUUUUUAAUAUUAAAGCUAUAGUAUUCAUAU